AAGGGGAAAAUGAAUCCUUUAGCAUUCUCGAAAGCUCCUAUUAAAACUCCAACAGUGAAAGCAAAGCCAACCAGAGGCCUAAGCCGACACAUUACUGAACAAGGAUAGCAAGGAAAGUGAGAGAGAGAAGCACUUUGUGCUAGUCCAUGGGGCUUGCCAUGGAGCUUGGUGCUGGUACCGAGUGGCCACCCUCCUCAAGUCCUCAGGCCACAAGGUUACUGCCUUGGACAUGGCCACUUCAGGGAUCCAUCCAAAGCAAGCUCAAGAAUUGAAUUCGAUCGGGGAGUAUGUCGAGCCUCUCUUCGAAUUCUUGGAGAGUCUUCGUCAGGAAGAGAAGGUGAUUUUGGUAGGGCAUAGCAUGGGAGGGCUUGUCCUGUCAAUGGCCAUGGAGAGAUUUCCUGAGAAAAUUGCUGUUGCUGUGUUUGCUGCUGCUCUCAUGCCUGGCCCUGACCUCACCUAUCACUCCAUCCUUGAAGAGCAUUCUCGCAGAGUGGAAUAUAAAAUGGAUCCAAUAUACCGGUUUGAUGAUGGCCUCGAGCAGCCUCCGACCUAUAUUUCAUUUGGACACGACUUCCUGGCUUCCAAGGUCUAUCAACUCUCUCCACCUGAGGACUUGAUGCUGGCAUCCUACUUAGGGCGGCCAUUCCGUCUUCAUCCUGACCAAGACAAGAUGGUGGAGGAGAUAGCGGUGACGAAGGGUGGAUAUAGCUUGGUUCGUAGGGUUUACAUCGUGUGCGACCAAGACCUGCUAUUGAUGGAACGCCUGCAGAGAUGGAUGGUGGAGAUGAACCAGCCGGACGAAGUGAAGGUGAUCUCCGGCUCCGAUCACAUGGUCAUGUUCUCCAAGCCACUAGAGCUCUGUGCUUCCCUUGAAGAGAUUGGGCAACAUUAUUGAUCACAUGGUCAUCAAAAAGACAAUAAGGUUGAUGAACGAAGGUUAUGUCUGUUUCUUCAGGAAGAUAUAAAGAGCGUGGAGAAGAUAAUGUCGAGGGAUUGGUUUUUUUACUUUCAAUGUAAACAUUAUAACGAAAGCCCCAAGGGCAACGUAUUGUAGUAGCCGAGCAUUUGCACGUCGAAUUCGAUUGCUCGGCUGAUUAAAUGCUAUUAAUGGGAUCUUUGUUAUCCUCAA